CUAAAUCCGCCAAGUUCGAGGAGGUCGAGAGUGCAAUUAACCUUCCGCGAGUUGUGUUCUGUGGUUGAUGUGAUCAUACUUGAGCUUUCCUAUUUACGCUUAUUAAACUUGGGCGAACCUGCGCACAGUUAUAAUGGUAAAGUUAUUCUACAUAGCAGUGCUAUAUAAGCACCCAACAAAAGGAUCAACUCUGAAAUCUGCGAGUGAGCUGUCAUCGUUUGGGUACUUUCAAAGAGCUAGUGUUCUGGAAUUCCUCAAGUUCUCUGGCCAGAUCCUAGUUGCAAGGACACUACCAGCCUCUCGUUCCUCUGUGCGCGAAAAAGAGUACAUGUGUCACGUGUACGUCCGCAGCGAUUACUUGGCAGGUGUUGUAGUCUCCGACCACGAGUACCCAAACCGGGUUGCACACACGUUGAUCAACAAGUUUCUCGACGAGUUCUGCGCAAAAGUUCCAUCUUCGACGUGGGCGACAGUAACAGAAAGCUCGUGCAACUUCUCUGGGUUGGAAGCUCUCCUCGCGAAGUACCAGAACCCGGUGGAAGCAGACGCCAUGACAAAAAUCCAGGCUGACUUGGACGAAACCAAGAUAAUAUUGCACAACACGAUAGACGCGGUUUUAGACAGAGGCGAAAAAUUGGACGACCUCGUGGCAAAAUCUGAAGACCUCAGCAUGCAGUCCAAAGCAUUUUACAAAACAGCACGCAAGACAAACCAAUGUUGCACAGUUCUUUGAAAGCCUGCCAAGCCCUUAGUCCGUGAGCAUCUCCAGACCAAACGUGGAAAAAAAAGAAAGCUGUAAAUGUUGUCAUUAUCUUUUAUGUUAUAUUGUGCUACUCUUAAGAAUAAAUUGUGCCUCUGUA